AUGUAUUCAAGAGCGGAUAAAGAGAAAUAUCAAUUCUACAUUAAUACCGGCUACCGAUUUGCAAAAACUGGCUGUUCAUUGAAUGAAAACCAUCCAGGUUGUGUUAAGUACUUAGCACUUUUCUUUGAACGGAAACUAUGGCUUAAAGGCAAGAAAAGAUGGAUUGAGAAGUCAUUUGAUUUGAAACAACAGUUACUGAAAUCACUAUCUUUCGAUCAAAAUGACCCCAUCAUCUUGCAUAAAAUUGGGCUAUGGUAA